CCGUUGUUUACACCUCCCCGGACCGACCAUCCAACAUUCAUACGAGCUUAACAGCUGUUCACACUGGCUCGUGACCCUGAGCGACUCACGAUCUCAAAUAGCAACCACUCAGCAACCGGCACGGUGUCUUGCUCAAUGUCUCACACUGCGCAGUGUACGCAGUGACCCGAAUGCGCUUCUAUCUUGGUGUCUCCAAGGGUGCUCUUUUCUUGGUUGCGGAUAACCCUAUGUCUCAUCAGAAUCUCAGAGCUUCGACGCUUCACUCAUCGUAGGCUUUGCUUAUCAGCGUGGUGGCCGCACGAAACACGCUGUCGUCUCUGUCCCGUUAUCGUACGGUAAAAGCUGCCUCCACUCAACUCAACGUGCUAAUACUUUUGCGUGCGGGGUUUCCUUUGUUAUCCGCGAUGAAGCCUGUGCUUAGCUCGUUAUUGGCUCUUCGAUCGAAGUGAGACUCGACGGCGCGUACCUUCGCUGCAGCGCGUUGUCAGUCACAGUGGCGAGGGCCGCUUCCGUUCCAAGACGCGUAGUCAACUACCCCGAGUAAGGUGCGUAUCAUGUUCGUCGACAUCCUGGACGAUGCGCUGGCCUUGAGACCUCGGGAGAACGCGCUCUACCACCAGGGUGCCUUCGAAAACAGUAGUCUCUACGACCUUGCCGCAGGUAAUCUCUCCCAGGUCGUCACCCAUAUCGACUUUCUUGAGGGCGCGCUUGGCGAUGCUGCAAUCCCGAACAUCAUAUUCGCUUUUGACCAGAGUGAUCUUGGCUACCUCGGCAGGCGGGCGUUAGGCGAACUCUGGACGCUGCGGUGUGCGGAGAUUCAAGCGUUCUAG